AUGAGUGUCAGCAGUGCGCUUUUUGCUCGUCUAGCCGUGCCGACGAAUGCUACCGUUCAGCCCGAGGAUGUCAUCCAGACCGAGAUCGUGCCCCUUUCCGACCGGGCGGUUCCCAUUGUCGUCGUCAACGUGCUGCUGACGUUCGCCACAACAUUAUGGACGGGGAUGAGGCUAUACAGUCGGCGGAAGAAGGGACAGUCGUUUACCAUUGAGGAUUUCUUGACUGUUGUUGCUCUAGCCGCAUACGGUGUCCAGACCCUCUUCGCCAUCUGCCUCGGCUUCAUCAAGAUCGGCAUUACCCUCAUGCUCCAGCGCGUCUUCUUCGUGCGGGGCUUCAAGAUCGCCGCGCGCAUCACCACGGGCCUCUGCGUCUGCUGGAUGCUCUUCACCAUCCUCAUCGGCAUCUUCAUCUGCCAGCCCGUGGCCAUGAACUGGAACCCGGCAACGCCCGGCGGUAAGUGCGGCGACCAGAACGCAGCCUUUGCCGCCGUGGGCUACUUUGACCUCGCGACGGACCUCAUCAUUCUCGUGCUGCCGAUACCGAUGGUGUAUAACCUGCAACUGCGGUGGCCGCACAAGGUGGCUUUAUACAUCAUCUUUGGCGCUGGCGCUCUAACCAUGAUAUUCGCCGCCCUACGAUUGAAGAACGUCCUGACAAUGGAUUUCACGGACGUGACCUACUCCCAAGUCGGCGUCGUGUUGAUGGGAACACUCGAACCCGGCGUCGCCAUCAUAGUCUCGAGCAGUCCCCUCCUGAAACCCAUAUUCGAUGCCACCGUCGGCCGCUUCUGGUCCCUACGCGGCACACGCGGUGCCACAACGAGAUCCGGCGGAGCGGGAGCCGCCUCUGCGAAGCCGAACACCCUCCAGACGAUUGGCCAAUCCGGGCUUCUCGGGUCGAAACUCUCCAGAGCCGGGGGGGGCAGGUUUAGCCAGAUGCACUCGACGCACAGCGACGACGACGACGAUUUGGAGCUGGAUAGGUUGCGAGAGAAGAGGCAUAACGUGGCCGUCAUGGUGGCUAGCGGGAACCCGUCAGAGGAUAGCGUGGCGAGGGACUUCAAGGGGAGAGGGGACGAUGCUUCGGGCUCCGAGGUUGGGAUCUUGGUGACGAGCAAGACAAGUGUUGUGAGCGAGGCUAGGGUAAAAGGGCUGUGA